AUGGCUUCUACACCAAAACAAGCAAAUGGCAAUUUGCCAUUGAACAACGGUUCCGGUGGAAAGCGGAAAAAAUCGCGUGGAAAUAAAGGAAGCUACUUGUCGAAAUGGCUAGACAAAACAAUGCAUCACAUUCAAGAAUCAACUCCAAGUUCUGAUGUAUACGAUACAUAUUUAAAUUCGAGUAUGAACUGGCCAAUGGGUAGUCAGUUUACUCCCGGUUACGAUCCUUAUAAAUAUAAUAUGUACGGCUGUGCAUCUGAACCCAUGUCACUUCCCUCAUUACCAACAUAUUAUAAUCCACUAGUGCCUCCGCCGUAUUCUGACUAUCGUUACCUGCACAAUGAAAACAAGAGCAUACAGGUACAAAGGCCACGACCUCGACGACGCAGCGAGAAUAAAGCUGAAGAAGUAUCAAGUACUCCAGUUAAUGCAAACCAAACUAAUUAUUUGCAACCAAAGAAUUUCUCCGAUAGUCAAGACUUCACUAGUCUGCCUCCUAUAGUAACUUCUAUGGGUGAUUCAAAUUCUAAUAGUGAUUUGCAGACUAAUGACAAAGACGAUGGUAGUAAUGCGAGAAGGUACAGUGAUCCAUGCGUUAGGGGAUUGCCUGAUGUAGCCAGACCUGCUAAUGGGGAGGUAGACUCAGAUUCAGAAGCUAGCUCGGGUCUAUCAGGCAGUCAAGUUGGCAGCCGCCUUUUAUCAUGCCUACUUGACCAAAUAGCAGCACUGAAAAUAGCUAAUGAUAGAUUAAACAAGGAAUUGCAGGAAACAAGAGCUGAACUAGAAACUGUUCGACAUCACAACUCCUACUUUGCAAAAGUUCCUCCAACAAUGGGUGCACCAAAUCUUAGUGGGAAUGGUGGGCAAUACUCUCCGGGAUUCGUCACGGACCUAGUGCGAGAGAUCAGAGAUGCAGCGCGCAUGCGUGAAGACGCCAUGUACGCGCGGCUACGAGCCAUGGUACUGGAGAGGACUGAUAGCGGAUUAUCGUCGGCAGAAUCGAAACUCGCAGAAAGGACUCUAGAUGAAAUUAAGAGUGCCCUUCGUGCCUCAGAAGCUGACAAGCGACGCAUGAUGGAUCGAAUUGUAAAAUUGGAGGACGAAUUACGUGUACUUAGGAUGGCCAAUAGCUACGAAUCCAAUGAGUCUCGUUUGAAUGGCAACAUAGAGGACGCAGAUAGCGAACGCCAGCGUCUACGUAAAGAACUUGCGGACACGCGUCGAGCGAAGCAAAGUAUGGAGGAGCAGGUCCUUAAACUCGAACGUCUAGUUACGCAGCUACGUUCAAAAUUCAACGGUCUACAAAUAACGAACGGACCCGACUCUUUGCCGAGCGAACCCGAACACGACACGCGCUCGCGGCGCAACAACUCGACCAACAAUCUGACCAAUCUGACCAACAUGACUAAUUUGACCAAUCUGACCAAUACUACCAACCCAACGGUCGUAUUCGGACCUGUAACUGAUUUG